CGUGUACAAGAGGUAUUAUAUGGUCUGAGAGAAGUUUCGAAAGAAGAUUUACUUAAAAUGGGGUGUCUUUCAUAUGGCAGAAUUUUAAAAAAUAGAUAUAUUCAAACUAUACGUCGAAAGAUGACACAGGUUGAGGAGAAUUGUGAGAAUUUGAUCCAAGCGUUUCAGGAAAAAACAGCGUUGGCGAACAAGGUGUUUCAAGAAAAACCGAAUGAACGAGUGACAUCGUUUUCCUCGCGAAAAGAUUCUGAAACAAGUGAUCUUUCACUCUCUGACGACUCUGAAAACGAACAGUCUUCCACAGCUAAUAAAAAUGAAAUUCAUUACGUAAAAAGUGCGAAAGUUCUCGGUAUCCACAAGCAAGACAGACCGAAAGUGAACUACUUGUAUGUUCUGAUUGUAAAGUGGAGUGACAGAAGUCAAGUAACGAUCUACAGAAAAUGGAAGGAGAUAAAAGAAUUGCAAGACAAUUUGCUCACAGUUGCCAAGAAUAAUAAAUCAAGCGAGACAAAAAGAUAUUUAAAGAAAACUACUCGACGAGUGCGAAGCGAAGCACGAUUUGCGCAGGGGACAAUGCAAAAAUUGAAAAUGAUUGAUGGACUGAACAAUUUCUUUGAGUCGGUGACGCACUUCGAAGACUUGUCUCAUUCAAAUGACGCUCGACGAUUUUUUAAACCAAAUGACAGAGAUCUUAGUUCAACUUCUUGGAGCGGAGAUGGAAGAACAUACUUUUAUAUCACAAGAGAUGUGUUAUGCGAAAGGAAUAAUGCCUAUGUUGCCGAUGAUCAAAGUGAUGUUAUAGAAAACGAUCCUGAAAAUAACUGGAUUCUUGCGUCACAAAGCAGCGUCGAAAGCGAGAACUCAGAAGAUUCUUUGACUGUGGCGCUGGACAUAGCAUAUGAACCUGAUCCCAAUAUUACAUGGCCGAUUAAAUCGAGUGUUCACGUGGCAAUUUGCGAAUACAAAGCAACCGAAGAUGAUAAAAAGGAAAAUAUAAUCAGUCUUGAAAAAGACGAGGAAGUCGAUGUCUUGGAUCGUAACGAAAGUGGUUGGUGGCUGGUUUCUCGCAUAAACGAGAACAAUCCUUCAGACAAAGCUCUCGAAUGUGGAUACGUUCCGUCAGAUUAUCUUCAAGCUAUUGAAAGAGAAGACGCUUUCAGUGAUCUACUUUCCCCAGAUUCAGUUUUUGAUCGUGAAAACUCGUAUGAAUAUGACCCAGAUGUUGAUGAAUCCAGCAUUUGUAGUAGCGAGGGAGAUGCUGACGAUGAACAGCCCGCUAAAACGACAAACACUCAGAAGACAACUCAAACAAAACUGUCAAAAUCUUCUCCAUCGCUGUCUGACUCAAGCUCAGACAGCGCUUUUGAAGAAAACGAGUUUAAGUACACUAACAAAAAUCAUGCUAAGCUAAUCCUACUCAGAAACGGGCACACACCGGGAAUGAACAAACGACAUAGUCUGCCCGCUGUUCACGAACUUACAGAAUCCACCACCGAGGAAGAGUCUUCAUCACCUUCAUUAUCCAACUCUACAGAAUCAUUGAAUUCUCCGAUAAAAUCGACGAAACUUUACAAGAAACGAAGGCAAAGAAACAAAUCACAUGUUGUUUCACCGCUAGCAGAAUCUGGCAACGGUGUACCGUCUCUUGGUCCUCGCACGCGUUCAAGUGGAACAUCUGGGGUAGGAUCACGUUUGAAAUCUCACGCUGCCAGAAGAUCAACAUUAGUCAACAUGCACAACUCUGCUCUAGGAGUUUCUAUGCCAAACGUUUUUUUGCCCGAAUCACAAAGCAAGUUAUCCACAAAUGCCGCAUUCGAAAGAAGAAGCACACUCGGAAAUAUUUCCGGUCUUCAUUUUUGUGGAUCAAUGCCAGAUGUUCACGGAAGAUCAUUCAACAAUUCACCAAACCUUUCAACAGUCAGUCGGAGUUCCUCAAAUCUCUCAGCAGCGAAUAGAGUGGGAAUGGAUUAUAUUUCAACAAAAGAAUAUGAAGCAAACAACGCAGAUGAAUUAAGUUUCGAAGAAGGAGCCAUAAUUACAGUUUAUCGAAGGAACCCAAAUGGAUGGUGGCUGGCGAGUUAUCAAGGAAAGAACGGACUUGUCCCAGGAGUUAACUUGAAAAAGUACAACGAUCCUUUGAGACGACUCAGUCUUCAUGUAUUUGAAAUGUUGUAAUAUACUUAUGUUGUACAUUUAUUGAUCUUCCAUUGAUUUUCUGCUAGCAUGCCACGGUUGACAAACAUCUUGAAAAUACGAAUUUCUUCCAUUAUCAAUCGCUAAUUAUUGAUUUGAAGUAUAUAUUAAACUUAUUGCUUUUGCCAUCAUUUUUAUAUUCUAUAUCAUUUUUCCAAUUUUUUGUUUUUCAAAUUAUGCAUUUUAUCGAUUUACAUUAUACUUUGCGCGCAAGUUUCGAAAUAAAAUAAUCACAUUAAAACUGUA